ACCGCAGAUCAAGUGGGCUAUUAGGACGAUAAGCAGUGUGUCGUGAUAUAUAAGGCCGUGGAGUCCUUCCAUGGACACCUCAGUCACCAGACAGGACCGCACCAGCAACAUGGCAGCCAAGAUUCUGUUCGCCCUCGCAGCCGCGCUGUGCGCUUUCGCGGCCGUGUCCGCAGGCCCAGCCCGCCUGUUCGAGGACGCCGAGCUGGAGCAAAACAAGUUGGACCUCCAGAACCUGGAAGGCAACAAGCUCUUCUGGAUCAACGCCACCGAAAUCCUGGAGAAGAUCGAGGAGUCCCUGGAGCGCGUUCAGGAGAAGAUCGAGCUGGUGAGCGAGGAGGUGCAGAACGCCGUGGACUCCAUCGUGGAGGGCAUCGAGAACGCCGCGGCCUCCGCCGCCGAGCAGUGGGCCAAGGACGUGGCCAAGUGGGUGGCGCAGGCCAACCAGACCAACACCGACGUGCAGGCCUGCCUGGACGAGCAGCAGCAGCCCCUCGCCGAGGUGCAGGCCGCCCUGAAGGCCGACUCCCGCAAGUGCAUCGCCGUGCGCCUGGACAAGCUGGGCAAGGCCCUGGACAAGGUCAAGGCCGCCGGACCCGCCGCCCUGGCCGUCCUGGAGGAGGCCAAGAUCACGAUUGACCAGUGCAACAGCCUUGGCGACAUCGUUUCCACCGGCUUCUGUCUGCUGGGGGACAUGCCCGCCGUCCAGGCUAAGGCCGCCACCGUGGUCCUCAAGGCCACCGCGUCCGCGACCGUCGCCGCCGCCCAGGCCGCCGCCAUCAUCCCCAUGGCCUCGCUGUGCACGACCACGGCCACCACCAAGCACGCCGCCGAGGUGUCCGCCAUCGUGGACGCCACCGUGGCCUGCAUCAAGGACAAGAUCGCCGCCUAGGCGCGUCGACUUCUCUGCGCCUUAUUCGCGCUUCGAAAGGAAUAAACCUCGCUACAUAGAAUAA